CUGUCGGUAAUGGAAAUAUCUGUAAGCCGCGACAAACUCACGCGAGAUUUGAGGUUAUGACGAUUAAAUCGCUCUCGCUUAUGUUUUAGAAUUACGUAUUUAAAUAUAAAAGGGACGCCAAGUUAUUUUAUAACAAUACAGCACAAUGUCGACACGAUGGUAUCCGCUAUAUCAAAGAGGCAACCCGCAGCUGAGAGUAUUUCUACCGAAUUUCUGGAUGAAGUUAAUUAAGUCUAUGCAUAAGCAGCCUCCGAAUGUGGUACAGUUUCACUGCUCUAUGGAAAUGACCAAGUUCGAUAUUAGGAAUUACUUAGAGAAGAUCUACAAUGUCAAGCCGAUCAAAGUCAACACAGUAAUAACCAUGGGAAAAUUCAGGAAAGAUCCACGGGGUACUAUCGUUAAAGAUGAUGACAGUAAAAUUGCUUAUGUCGUACUACCAAAGGACGAGAAAUUUGUAUUUCCUGAUUUGUUCAAGGAUGCAAAGGAUGACGUGGAUGAAAAUACCAUGAACGAAACUAAAAAAGACUUACAGCAAUAUAUAGAGUCUAACAAAGCACCGGGAGUGCCCACCUGGUUUAGGGUUUAAUGUACAUAUAUUUGUGUGUGUGUGUACGUGCGAUAUUUUAAGGAUCUAUCUUUAAUAAACGUAUUUGUUAAUAUUAGUAA